AUGCCUGAAGGAUCUCUAAAAAUCAUGGGAUUUUUAAUGACCACAGAGAGUCAGGACCUCGGUUUAAAGUCUCAUCAGAAGGACGGUCUGGUGUCGGUUUUGAUAGUAUUUGUGUUGAUGGGUGUAAACCUGGUCUCGCCCCUCCGACCCAUCUGCGACCUGAGGGUUCUGGAUCAUUUUGUUUGAGAAGAUUGAAAUUCUGAAGUCAUCAUUCAAGGGUGCAGAGGUUGCUGUGGAGUGAUGAAAUCCUACUUUGUUCCUCAGUGGUGAGUUGACUUCGCUGUUUGGGAAUUUAUAGAUGCAUGGAGGAGGUCCAGACUGGAAUGUCUGAGUCCAGCGAAGAAAACAAUGAGCAACUCUUCUCUGGCCAGCACUCUGGAUAACAACACCAGUAACAUACACGGCCUCGGCCAGAUCCUGCAGUCUUGAUUUACAGGUAUAUCGGUUCUGUUUCCGCAGCAGGCCAGGUCCACAGUUCUUCCAGAUGAUUCAGCUCCUGCCAGCUCACAGAUGCAGGAGGUCUCCUCUAUCCCAGAACUUCUGCAGGUGCAGAGCAGCUUCCUGCGAGGCAAAGUCAGACUCCUGCUUUCAGCUGCACCAGCCUGCCAGCGGCAAAACAGCUGAUUCGACGAACUGUUUACAACGGCCACGCAUACACACAAACCCGCUUGAAACAAAAACGCUUGAUGACUCCUUCCUCAAUCUUAAAGAGCUUAUACUAUCUGGGUGUCGCUCUUCAAAUGCUCUAUUGCAAUUAUAAGCCUGCAGUCAUCUAAAGUAUGCAUCACGUGCAGAGUGAAGAAAAAACCGUAGCGUAUUCAACAAGGCGAUCGUGGCAGAAGAACCUGCGGGGGAACAUAUCAGAGCCCACAAGUGGACCCGUCGCUGACUCAAAGGCUCAUAGCGGUUUGGGGAAUUAGGACAACAACAUGCAAAGAAGGAGACAUGCCUGUCUGUAUGUUUAAUAGCCUUUUUAAUGUUGUCCAGUUCAGAUACACAACAUACAGUGUGUAGUAGCCUGUAUAGGAAAUAGAAAUAUGAAUUUCAUUCUUUAGACAAGUUGCGGUCACACAGUCCCCUCAUCAAGCCUUUUUUUUACGUUGCUGAAAUUCAACAAAAUGAAACUCAACAGGUGCAAGUCUUUUUUUUUUUUUUUUUUUUUUUUGGCGACCAAGCAUUAAUACUCAACAUUUGUGUUUCUCAGUAUUUUUUUCUUUAAAUCCUCUAUAAUACAUAGGCGACCCAGACAAAAAGUAUCACCAUGUAUGUCUGGUGAGAGUGUGCUUUAUAUGUCUGUCAGUUGCCGGUAGAAUCAUCUCUCCCUUUAUUUUGUAGAAAAAUAUGAACUGUUUAAAUUCUCUACUUUGAAAUAUAUGCAGCUCAAAUUCACAACAAAGAGAUAAGCCAGAACUCUGUGAAAUCCCACUUUCACUCCAACAAAACUCCAAUGGUUUGGGAAACAUUAAAUUUCUAAGAACUUACAACCAGGUAAGAGAAAACAAACACCCCACAGUGUCAUUUAGUCCACUGAAGCGUAAUGAAGAACACCCAGGAGAAUGACUCAAACAGCAG